UUUGUGUGUUGAUUGGCUGAGAGCCACAAUCGUAUCGGAUCACUCCAGAAACUUAAACCAUGAAUAGCCCAAUUUUCAUUACUCUGUGCCUCCUGGCAUUUGUGGUCCUAACUGAAGCCCAAGUCACAAGACCCCUUUGCCCGUGUCACAGAAUUUAUUUACCUGUCUGCGGAUCGGACCACGUCACCUACAGCAACAUAUGUGAACUCAGAUGCGCGGCGAAAGUUAUGAUGAUUAAAGUGGUCAAGAAAGGAAGAUGCUAGUAUCAGAUAAUAAAUGUAGAUACAAAACAAUUUCAAAAAUGUCAUCAUCUUAAGUCUUAAGUGAAAAAUAUUAAAUAUAAAAUACAAUAAAAAUAAAUAUUAUUUGGAGUGAAACGAUAGAAAGUCAAAGCCGGUACCCCGAAUAAAUCAAUGUCAUAAAACGUGAAAUUAAAAUGUA